GUCUUCUGCCUGAUCCUCACAGCCGGGUUCCCAGAGGCAGGACACCUGCUCUCCACCUGUCUCUUCUUGUGUCCACGUGCUCCCGCGACGACUUCCGCAUGGGUUUGAAUUUGGACUCCCAUGAAGAUCCUCUAAGGAACAGCAGCAGCCCUUCGUGAUAGCCACUACAUCAUGACCCCAGACAACGAACCUGUUGGAAACUUCCAUUUUGUUUACAUCAUAACCUUAAUAGUUGGAAGCACAAUUCAGUUCUCUGAUGAAAGUGACUUUGCAGUAGACAUGUCCAAAAAGGGUCUGACUCAUGUUCCCAAAGACCUGCCACUAAAAACAAGAGUCUUAGAUGUAUCUCAAAACAACAUCUCUGAACUCCAGGUCUCGGACAUCCGCUUUCUGUCAGCACUGAGGAUGUUGACCCUCUCCCAUAACCGGCUCCAGCAAGUGGAUUUCAGUGUCUUCAAGUUCAACAAGGACUUGGAAUAUCUGGAUUUAUCUCACAAUCAGUUACGCAAUCUGACGUGUCAUCCUGUUGUGAAUUUCAAGCAUCUGGACCUCUCUUUCAAUGACUUCGAUGUCCCACCCAUCUGUCAAGAAUUUGGCAACUUGACACAACUGCAUUUCUUGGGAUUCAGUGCUGUGAAGCUACCACAAUUAGAUCUGCUGCCAAUUGCUCACUUGUACCUAAACCACAUCCUUCUGGAUUUGAGACGCUAUUAUGGGAAAGCAAACAAGACAGACAGCCUUCCAAUUCUGAAUACAAAAAAGCUCCAUCUGGUUUUUCGCCCAGAUAGUUCAUUCUCUGUCCAAAUGAAAAUAUCAGUUAAUACUUUAGAGUGCUUACAACUCACUAAUAUUAAAUUGAAUGAUAAGAACUGUCAAAUUUUGAUUAUGUUUUUAUCACAACUCACCAGAGGUCCAGCCUUAAUGAAUUUUACCCUGAACCACAUGGAAACAACCUGGAAAUGCUUGGUUAGAGUUUUCCAAUUCCUUUGGCCCAAACCUGUGGAAUAUCUCAAUAUUUAUAACUUGACGAUAGUUGAAAGAAUUGGCAAAGAACACUUUACUUAUUCUGAGACGACAUUGAAAGCUUUGAAAAUAGAACAUGUUACCAACCAAGUUUUCAUUUUUUCACAGACAGCAUUAUUUACGGUAUUUUCAGAGAUGAAUAUCAGGAUGUUAACCAUAUCGGAUACACCCUUUGUACACAUGCUUUGUCCUCAGGCACCAAGCACUUUUCAGUUUUUGAACUUUACCCAGAAUGUUUUUACAGAUAGCAUUUUCCAGAAAUGUUCCACUUUAGUUAGAUUGCAGACACUCAUCUUACAAAAGAAUGGACUGAAAGAUCUUUCCAAAGUAGGCCUCAUGACCAAGGAUAUGCCAUCCCUGGAGACACUGGAUGUUAGCAGAAAUUCUUUGGGUUCUUACAGACAUGAGGGCAACUGCACUUGGGUUGGGAGUAUACAGGUGUUAAAUUUGUCUUCAAAUGCACUUACUGACUCUGUUUUCAGAUGUUUGCCCCUCAAGGUCAAGGUACUUGAUCUGCACAAUAACAAGAUAAAGAGCAUUCCUGCACACAUCAUGAAGCUAGAAGCUUUGCAAGAGCUCAACGUGGCUUUCAACUCCUUGGUGGAUCUUCCUGGAUGUGGCACCUUCAGCAGUCUCUCUGUGCUGAUCAUCGAACAUAAUUCAGUGUCCCACCCAUCCGCUCAGUUCUUCCAGAGCUGCCAGCAGAUUACAUCCAUCAAAGCAGGAAGCAAUCCAUUCCUCUGUACAUGCGAGCUCAGAGACUUCAUCAAAAGCCUAGGCCAGCUGUCGAGUGAGGUGGUAGAGGGCUGGCCUGAUUCAUACAAGUGUGCCUACCCAGAAGAUUAUAAAGGAACCCCACUCAAGGACUUUCACUUGUCUGAAUUAUCCUGCAGCCCAGCUCUUCUGAUGGCAACCAUUGGGGCCACCUUGCUAGUGUUGGCUGUUUCCUUGACCUUCUUCUGCAUUCACUUGGAUGUGCCCUGGUAUCUGAGGAUGGUGUGUCAAUGGACCCAGGCCAGGUACAGAGCAAGGCACAUCCCGUUAGAGGAGCUCCAAAGAACUCUCGAGUUCCAUGCUUUUAUUUCAUACAGUGAACAUGAUUCUGCCUGGGUGAAGAGUGAGUUAGUACCCAACCUAGAAAAGGCAGGUCUCCAACUUUGUCUUCAUGAGAGAAACUUUGUUCCCGGCAAGAGCAUUGUGGAGAACAUCAUAGACUGCAUUGAGAAGAGUUACAAGUCCAUCUUUGUUUUGUCUCCCCACUUUGUCCAGAGUGAGUGGUGCCAUUACGAACUCUACUUUGCCCACCACAAUCUCUUCCAUGAAGGAGCCAAUAACUUAAUUCUGAUCUUGCUGGAACCCAUCCCACAGAAUAGCCUUCCCAGCAAGUUUCAUAAGCUGAGGGCCCUCAUGACCCAGCGGACCUAUUUGGAGUGGCCUGAAGAGAAGAGCAAGCAUGGACUUUUUUGGGCUAACAUUCGAGCUGCUUUCAAUCCAAAAUUAACAUCGGUCACUGUCACCCAAAGCAGUGAUGUGAGAACUUAAAAAACAAAGCCAGGAAGUUUGACUUUGGAAACUCUCAUUCAUUUGGGACUCUGAUGGCCACUGUGGUGUUGCUGCUGCCUGGAGUUCUCUUCCACUAUCCCCAUGCCUCCAGCACAUCUUUAGUGAAAGUCUUGAUCAGUUGAGCUGGAGUGAGGGUGGCACCGAGAAACCAGUCUCAUUGAUUAUUACAGUUCACAUUGGUUAUUGGGAUCCUCUCUGGGGGGUUCUUCUUAGUCUCAGGGUAACCUUUGUCAUUUUGUUCAUUACUAGGGUUUGUGAAAUAAGUUAUACCAGUUACUAAAUAUAAAAAAGUAUUUUAAAAACAUAUGUAAGGUAGUUUAUUUAAUAUUUGACUUGCCACACAAAUACAUAAUUAACCAGUGAGGACUCGUGCUAUAAUGAUGUAUGUAGAGUUAUUCCCUAGAUACUCGUGAUGAACUUGUCCAAGACCCCCAAAAUACCAAGUUCUGGAAAGGUUCAAGUCCUUUAUGUAAAAUGGCAUAAUAUUUGCAUGUAACCUAUACAUAUCACCCAGUAAACUUUCAAUCAUCUCUAAAUUUACUUAUCAUACCCUAAUAGCCCUACAAUAAAUGCUACAUACAUAAUUGUUAUGCUGUAUUGCUCAGGGAAUAAUGACGAGAGAAAAACCUAUACAUAAGCAAUACAGACACAAUUUUCUCCCCAAAUAUUUCCACUCUGUAGCUGGGUUAAAUCCAUGAAUGUAGAAACUACAGACAUGGAGGGCCAACCAGAUAUAAAGAAAGGGAUAGCCUUAAUUGAUGAUAAGGUGAAAGAUAUAGAUGUGUCUGCUUGCCAAGGAAACCCAGAGCCACAUAUAUAUGGCAUAUUGAAUGUGACUCUUGUGUCUUAGAAUUUUAGUUAAAGUCUCAAAGCUGACAAAAAAGCAGUAAACGCUGUCAACAUUUCAGAGAUACUGGGCAAGCCAGACUGGACUCAGUGAAAGAGAAGAAAGAGACCAGUCACUAUCAGUCAUAUUACUCAACUCUGGAAAACUAUGUCCUCAGGGUAGCUUAGAGAUGCAGUGAGUGGAGCGUCACUGAAUGAAGUGGAGGUUGCUUUGGAUUCCUUCUAGUGCCCCACUCCCAGACUGGAAGCUGAGUAGUAAUAGGAGUGCCCAGGUUGGGUGCAGCAGAUGGGAGGUGGGUGGUGGUGAUGUGAGAGUUCUUGGAACACUUUGAUGAAUGUCCCCUGAAGUUGGGGGGCCAUUGUGGGCGUAAGCACCAGUAAACACUGCUUGGCAAAUAUAGGUGCUUCAUAAGUGUCUGUUGAAUGAACAGACAGUUUUUCCUACCUGGAAAGUUCAAAGGGGAGAGAUUGGUUGGACAGCUGCCCACAAUGGCUGAAUGAGAAAGUGGAAGCUGUGGCUGCAAGCUGCCUUUCCAUUCAUGGCAUGACAAAAGUACCUGAAUUUCCUGCAUCAGUGUUGGCCAUAGGAACGGUAACUAGGUUUGAGCUGACAUGGUUGUCAGGACGCUAGGCUCAGGGGAGUGGUUCAAGGAA